AGCAUAGCAUAUUAAGUCCCAUAUUUAAGUAAAAACACCAUUCUCUGCAUCUCAGUUUUAUAUUGAUUCACUCUUUUUUUAUGUCUCAUUGAUUUAAAUCCAAAAGAAAAGAUGCGCGUUCUAUUGUUUACUGUUGCCAUGGUGAUUGCCUAUGCGGCUGCCAUGCCAAACGUUUUGGAGUUUGAGAUGAAGGAGUUGGAUAAAGUGGAAAAUUUCAUACAAACGAAAGAAGAUCUGAUUGAUUUUCUUACAGAAGGACACAAAGCUAAUAAACAGCCCGUCAAGCUCAAGUCAUUCUCCUUCCAAGACUGUGGAGGAGCAAACGCAAUGAUCAACAUCAAUCAAGUCACUGUCACUCCAGACCCACUUGCCUUCCCUGGACCUUUGAACGUAAUGGCUAACUUCACGAUUAACAGCGACGUCGGUAGUCCAUUGCCGGGUGAUUUGCUGAUCGAAAAGAAGAUUCUAGGAAAAUUUGUGAAGGUUCCUUGUAUCGACAACUUUGGUUCCUGCCAUUAUCCCGACCUUUGUGAACUUUUGGAACAAGUACAGUGCCCGGACCCUAUAGUCAGAAUAGGAAUUGAUUGCACCUGUCCUUUGAAAAAGAACGCCUAUCUGCUGCCAAAGACUGAAUUUGAAAUAGAUGCAAGCGUGAUCCCUGCGGGAGAUUAUCACAUCCGUGGUAACGUAACUUAUACAGGAAAAGAAGCGGCGUGCCUUGACCUUAUGCUUUCCUUCGAAUAGCUUCAUCUGCCAAUAGCAAAGCAAAUUAAUUUUUCAUUAAGCCAUUUUUAUACUUUGUGAUAUUUAUGUUUGUAGUAUGCCCUGAUAAUGUAAGAAUGUAUGUUAUACACUUCAAUAGUAUUCUAUAAAUUCCGAAGCAAUA